UAAAAUGCAACCUUUACAAGUACUUAUUCCUAUGCUCAGCCUGGUGCUUCUUGGCCAGACAUGCCAGGACACAACAACAGCAGAAAACAAUUCGAAGGACUGGUGGCAAACAGCGCAGUUCUAUCAAAUCUAUCCACGCUCCUUCAUGGACUCUGAUGGCGAUGGCAUCGGCGAUCUGAAUGGUAUUACUAGCAAGUUGGAGUAUCUUAAGGACUUGGGCGUGACAGCUGCGUGGCUAUCGCCCAUCUUCAAGUCUCCCAUGGUGGACUUUGGCUACGAUAUCUCUGACUUUUUUGACAUACAGCCGGAGUAUGGCACAUUAGAGGAUUUUCGAGCACUUAUUAAGAAAGCCAACGAGCUGGAUUUGAAAAUUAUUCUGGACUUUGUGCCGAACCACUCCAGUGAUGAGAACGAAUGGUUUAAGAAGUCUGUAAAGCGGGAGAAGGGCUACGAGGACUACUAUGUAUGGCACGACGGAAAGGUCAAUGCUGAAACUGGAGAGCGGGAGCCUCCUUCCAACUGGUUGCAGGCAUUCAGAGGCAGUGCCUGGCAGUGGGUCGAGGAGCGUCAACAGUACUACCUGCACCAGUUUGCGGUGCAGCAGGCGGAUCUCAACUACCGCAAUCCGGAUGUGGUAGCUCAGAUGAAGCGCGUGCUGCGCUAUUGGUUGAACGAGGGCGUCGCUGGCUUCCGAUGUGAUGCGGUGCCGGUGCUUUUCGAGGUCGAGAUGGAUGAGAAUGGCCAGUAUGCGGACGAAGAAGUGAGUGGCUUAACCGACGACGUGGAUAGUCGCAACUAUUUGAAGAGCGAGCUGAUUGAGAACAGACCUGAGACCAUCGAUAUGGCCUACCAGUGGCGUACUGUGAUGGACGACCAUCAGCGCAUUUAUGGCGGGGACACUCGAGUACUUCUUAUUGAGACAUACGCCCCGCCUGCCUACACCAUGCAGUUCUAUGGCAAUCGCUCGGUGGAGGGCGCUCAUCUGCCCUUUAAUUUCAAUCUGAUUACCGUGCCGGCGAGUAACGGCGUCUCGGCAAGCUCUAUUAAGACAGCUGUGGACAACUGGCUUCUGAACAUGCCUGCCGGACGCACUGCCAACUGGGUGAUUGGCAAUCACGAUCAGCGCAGAGCGGCCAGUCGCUAUGGGGUGGCCAACACGGAUGCCAUGAAUAUGCUGGUCAUGAUUAUGCCCGGCGGAAGUGUUACCUACCAGGGCGAGGAGCUGGGCAUGACGGAUGGUUGGAUCAGCUGGGAGGAUACUCAAGAUCCUGCUGCCUGCAAUUCCAACCAGAGCCUCUACGAACAGCUCACACGUGAUCCAUCACGGACGCCUUUUCAUUGGACAAGUGGCACCAAUGCGGGCUUUUCCACAGCCACUAAGACAUGGCUUCCACUUGCCGAGAACUAUAAAACCGUCAAUGUGGAGGUGGAAUCGGCGGCCACUCGCUCCCAUCUUAAGAUAUACAAGGCGCUGGUGGCACUGCGUAAGAGUUCCAAGACUCUACAGAACGGCUCUACCAAAUAUGCUGUUCUCAACGAAAAUGUCUUUGUAGCAAAGCGCUACUUGUCUGGAUCUCCCAGCAUUGUUUAUGUGGCCAACUUAGGCAGCAGCGGCACCACAAUUGAUCUUGACCAGUUUGACAAGACUUUGCCAUCUCACUUGACUUUGCAGAUUCGCAGCCUGAACUCCACAAAGGCAGAGGGGGCUCUGUUUGAGCGCAACGGUCUCAGCUUGGCUGCUGGAGAGGCUCUGGUUAUGAGUGCCAGUUAACUGCAACAAAGUUCCUCUACAUGGAUUUAUUUUAUAGGCCUAACCAAUUAAGUUUGCUAUCGCAAAUUGUUCCAAUGACUCAAAGCAAAUAUGCCGAAGCUUGUGUAAAUAUAUAAAGAAACAAAUCGACAAACAAA